CACCCUUAAUAUUGAGCAUUCGAUAAUUCGCGCUACGCUGGCCAUCGGUUUAGAAACUCGAAUUAAAGAAAGGACACGCUCGAUUAGUUGCAUUGAUUUUGGACUGUGCGUGUUUGUGGUUUAGUGGACUGUGUUUCCGCCGCUGCGUUUAGGUCACGGAGUUGGAGUGAAGAGCGAAGCACAAUCGAUAGUCAUUCGCAAUAAGUGGCAAAAGUUAGUGAUUAGUGAAGUUAGGACAUGCGAGUGUGCGACGCUAGGACAGGCUAGGAGAGCGCUUGUGGCACGCUAGGAGGCACGAUAGGGGUGUGCGCGCGCGGGUCGCGGGUCGAGAUACUCUCGAGGCUGGCGCUUCACGGGGGCUGGGGGCGGGCCGCGCCGGCGCCCGCGCACGCCGCCACCACGCUGGUGGGCGGGCUGGUGGCGCCGCCGCGGGAACCCACCACGGCGGCAGAGGCCUUCUGGAAAAUGCCACAUAAAGAUGAGCUGAUGCACAGCGCAGCCAUGGGCGGUGGCGCGCUGUUCGGCUGCUCCUCCGCCGGCCACAGCGGCAUCAACCAGCUCGGCGGCGUCUAUGUCAACGGCAGACCGCUGCCCGACUCCACGCGGCAGAAGAUCGUCGAGCUGGCGCACUCGGGGGCGCGGCCCUGCGACAUCAGCAGGAUCCUGCAGGUCUCCAACGGCUGCGUGUCUAAGAUACUCGGCAGGUACGAGACGGAGUUCGUACCUCGAGCAACCUUCGGCGCUAAGCCACUGGCCUUAAGGUAUUACGAGACGGGGUCGAUCAAGCCCCGCGCGAUCGGCGGCUCCAAGCCCAGAGUCGCCACGACCCCCGUGGUCCAGAAGAUAGCUGAUUACAAGCGGGAGUGCCCGUCGAUCUUCGCGUGGGAGAUAAGAGAUCGUCUGCUGAGUGAAAACGUGUGCAAUAACGACAAUAUUCCUAGUGUAUCAUCAAUAAACCGCGUGCUCCGGAACCUCGCGUCUCAAAAAGAACAGGCAGCAUCAGCGCAAAACGACAGUGUGUACGAGAAGCUAAGGAUGUUCAACGGUCAGGCGGCGACGGGCUGGUGGUACCCCGGGCUCCCAACCGCUCCUGCAGCACCUGCUAUACCAGCCCCACUGCCACCACAGUUGAACCGACCCACCGAAGAACAUAAGCGAGCAGAUGCCCUCCAAUCAGAGGCUGGUUCCGACGGGAACAGCGAGCACGCAUCAUCAGGGGACGAGGACUCCCAAAUGCGGCUCCGGCUGAAGAGGAAGCUGCAGCGGAACCGCACCUCCUUCACCAACGACCAGAUAGAUAGCCUUGAGAAAGAGUUCGAGCGCACGCACUACCCGGACGUGUUCGCGCGGGAACGACUGGCCGAAAAGAUUGGAUUGCCUGAGGCACGUAUCCAGGUAUGGUUCUCAAACCGUCGCGCGAAGUGGCGACGCGAGGAAAAGCUGCGCAGUCAGCGACGAGAUGCGCCGGCUUCGCCGCCCGCGCCGCCCGCGCGGCUGCCGCUCAAUGGUGGCUUCAACUCCAUGUACAGUCCGAUACCGCAGCCCAUUGCUACCAUGAGCGAUACGUAUAGUUCGAUGUCGGGUGGUCUGUCGUCGUCGUGCCUGCAGCAGCGGGACGGAGGGUACCCCUACAUGUUCGGGGACGUGCUGGGCAGCGGGGGGUACUCGCGGGCCCCGGCGGCGCACCAGCAGCACGCGGCGUACUCGCAGCCACAGGCCGCAGCUAGUACGGGUGUGAUAUCGGCGGGCGUCAGCGUGCCUGUGCAAAUUCCAUCGCAAGGGCCGGACCUCGCGUCGAAUUACUGGGGACGGCUUCAGUGAUCUCAGCUAUUCGGGUUCCCGCAUCGACUGCUCUCGAUGGGGGAGAACCCGAGCAGCGUGCCCGAGUCGCCCUCUAGCGGCGACAUUGCGCACAACUACGCCGACUCGCAUCUGUCCAUGAACGCUCUCAACAUGACGGCCGGACACGACUCCGUUUUGGCGGGAGACAUUCAAGAGAACAAUAACUCGGUGUCGUAAAUAUUCCGUAUCGCAAUAUUUGGGAUUGUUUAUCAGUGUUUAUAUGGUGCAAGAUGAUGUAUAUUCGUUAAUAUAUAAGAAACUGAUGAUGUUCAAACUUAGCCUGUAAGUAUAGCGAUCGUGCGCGAUGAAUUAUGUUAAUUCUUCGACAUCUUUGUAAACAUACAUUAAUUUAUUUAUUCUUGCUCUCGAGUGUUGAGGAUUUCGAACGUUUUUCAUUGUGAAUGAUCGAUUAAGGUAAGGACAAAAGAAUGCGAAUUGUAAAUAUAGCUAAACGCCAUCUAUUGUUGAGUAGAGGAAGUUUCCUUAGCGACGGUACUGUGUUCACGAUUCAAAUGAUGAAAAUGUAAAUGAUUUGGGCCAACAUUUGUAAUAAUUGAGUGUUAUGCGCCCUUUGCGAGCACAACCCUUCUAUUUCUUUGAUGUAUGCAGUAGGGGUGCGAAAUAUUAAUGCUAUAGAGAAAAACGUGGCAAUAAGCUUCGUUACAGCGAUUUGUUUCACAACCCUCGGAGACAACAAAUUGACAUGAACUAAGCAUGUUUGUAUUAUUGUAUAAUAGUUACAUUAAUAGAUGUUGUAAUGUGUUGAGUCACAAGUAAAAUAGCACAUUUCGAAACGAAUUAAUUUAUGUUAUUUAUUAUUAUUAAGAAGAUCAAUAUUGCUGUGAUUAUAAAUAUGUAGGUACCUAUCAAAUAAGAUUAUUUUACAGACUUUCGGCUAGUUUUGGGAACACGUUAAAUUCAAAGGAAAUUUCUACAAAAAAUAUAAGAAUUUCGAUGUAAUAGUAAUGUUGGUACAGCACAAGUCAUUAUCUACAUAUUAUAAGAAAAUGUAAAUGGUUAAUAUAUAUUUUUCAUUAAACUACGCAAUACGGAUGUGUUAUAGAUACGUUUAACUGUACUUACUUGAAUAUGUGUAAAAUAAAUUAUUACUCGAUUAUAAGUGCAUAUAGAUUGAGGAGAUUACAGUGAAAUUUAUUAAUAAA